AUGGUUGCACCCUGGUAUGUGCCAUGUCUAGCUUCACUUGAGACCCUCCAAGAAUUAUGUAGGAAGGAAAAUCUCAGAUGUAAAUCCAUUGGAAUCACCAACAGGAGUCUAAAGAGUUAUGAGGUGGAAUAUUUGUGUGACUACAAGGUAGAAGAGGGCACAGAAUACUAUCUUGUGAAAUGGAAAGGGUGGCCAGAAUCUUCAAAUACUUGGGAACCUCAGAAAAAUCUGAAAUGCCCAUUGCUUCUUCAAAACUUUCGUAGUGACAAGAAUGAAUACUUGUCUCGGAUGAGAGAAGGCAAAGCACUGAAAGUGAGAAACCAUAUUAAAGCUUUAAAACCUGCAGUUGCAGAUUACAUUGUAAAGAAGGCUAAGCAAAGAAUAGCUCUGCAGAGAUGGAAAGAAGAACUCAACAGGAAAAAGAAUCAUAAAGCAAUGAUUCUGGUAGAAAAUACUGUGGAUCUUGAAGGCCCUCCUUUAGACUUCUACUACAUUAAUGAGUAUAAAACUGAUCCGGGAAUAAAUGUAAUAAACGGAAUAACGACUGGCUGUGAAUGCACUGACUGCCCUGCUGAGAAGUGCUGUCCAAAGGAGGCUGGAUUUAUUUUGGCUUACAAUAAACGAAAGAAGUUGAAAAUCCAGCCCGGCUUGCCCAUCUAUGAAUGCAAUUCUUUUUGUAGGUGUGGGCCUGACUGCCCUAAUAGGAUAGUACAGAAAGGUACACCGUAUUCUCUUUGCAUCUUCAGAACUAACAAUGGCCGUGGUUGGGGAGUGAAAACCCUCCAGGAAAUCAAAACGAACAGUUUUGUGAUGGAGUAUGUUGGAGAGGUGAUUACAAGUGAGGAAGCGGAGAGACGAGGCCAGCUCUAUGACAACCAGGGAAAUACAUACUUAUUUGAUUUGGACUAUGACUCGGAUGAAUUUACAGUAGAUGCAGCUCGAUACGGAAAUGUGUCCCACUUUGUGAAUCACAGCUGUGAUCCAAAUCUUCAAGUCUUCAAUGUGUUUAUUGAUAACCUCGACUUGCGUCUUCCUCGAAUCGCACUGUUUUCUACACGAACCAUCAAGGCUGGAGAAGAGCUCACCUUUGACUACCAGAUGAAAGGUUCAAUAGAUCUGACUUCAGACUCUGCUGAUGGUCUCAGCCCAUCCAAAAAGAGGAUCAGAACUGUCUGUAAAUGCGGAGCUGUGUGUUGCAGAGGUUAUCUCAACUGAGUUCCGGUAUCCAAAGUCACAAAUACUUUGUUCUCUUUUAAAUGUGUUGUAAGAAGACUCUUCUUUCGAACAUAUAUUCAAGUACUCUUACAUCUAGUGUAAAUAA